CUUGUAAUUGGCUGCCACGGUGAGGGACGUUUACUAGGCAGGCGUUUUUACUUGUCUAUUUGACCGAAACACGUACAUGUACGUUACGGGUAAUAGCCAGCAGGCUCUGGAUUAAUUUGUACUUUAACACGGCCAACUUCGACGAGCUUCAACCCAGUCUACUUUAUCGUCAGUGAUUGGCAUGUAAUAACAUCAGUACGACCUGUUGUCAAAACGAAAGUAGGAUAUAGGAUAUGUCGGAUCAAUCUGAUCCAAGUAAACCAAGACAUCCAGUCGCUACUGGAGAAAACGGAGACUAUGUUUUCCACCCUGGAGUUCGAGACAGCUCCAAAUUACCAAAGAGGAGUGAAGAAGACUUGAUGCGUGAAGUGUACAACAUCAGAGGUCAGACUGAAUCCUCUCGCCAGGCACUUAUUAUAAACAACCUUACGAAGAUCACAGGAGAUAAAGAUUCCAACUUGAUGGAAUCCAAUCUUCAGAAAUCCGGUUUCAGUGUCAAAUGUAAAACUCGCCUGACACAAGAGAAGUUAGAAGAAUGUUUGAAAACAGUUGCAGACGACAUGGCUGAUGAUACAGACUGUUUUGUCUGUGUUGUCCUUGCCCUCGGCGGAAAUGGUUUCAUCAAAGGAUGGAAUUCCAAUGUUUCCCAAACCAAAAGUUUGACAACUGAGAAGCUUUGCGAACCAUUUCAAGGAAACAAUUGCAAACCCUUGGUGUUAAAGCCAAAGAUCUUUAUCAUAAUGUCCUGGGACACAGAGCCAGAUAGUCGAAUACAGAUUGACGGGGACGCAGACCAAUCAGAGGUUUUCAAGGUUCCAACGGAAUCGGAUGUUCUGGUGUAUGUAUGUCAUAUGCCAGGGAAAUUCAAACAAGGCUAUGAUGGCGACGGUUCUUGGUUCAUCAAGACACUUGCAGACGUGAUGCAGAAGAAUCGAGAACGCUGUAAGAGAAGGGAUUUUCUCCGUCUGCUUACUAUUGUCAACCGAGAAAUGGCCAACAAAUACAAGGGUACAAAACUGAAACGUUCCGAGUGUAUUCCUACCGUCACAUCAACGUUGACUAAACUCAUCUAUAUCUAAAACGUUUCCCUUGUUCUCAUCAAUCUUUACUAACCAAAGUCGAUCUAUUUUUUAAUAUGAUUGUUUUUGAAUGUCAAUACCCUUUCUGUAGUUUGGACUUUAUUAUCAUGACGUGAAGCUGUGCUUUCCUGAGCGCCAGUUUUAUCCAAUGACGUUUGAAAGAGUUUGGCUGUUUGUAACACUCUUUCAACCAGUCGUUUUGACAUUUUGUAAUCUCCAUGAACACGAGUCUUCAAGUUACGUUACAUUGUCUAGUUAUAAAUGAUGCAAGUGAAGAAUCUCUGGAGGAAUAAUGUACAUUGUCUAGUUGUUUUAGAUAUCUCUCUCGGUGAUCGAAGUGCUCUGUUACAUUGGUGAGUUGUAACCAUAAAAUCUCUGAGUGUGUUACAACUUUGUUUAGAUAAAGCUGUUAAUUCUCUGAAUAUAUUUAAUCCUUUUUCGGCAUAGCCGUAUAAUAUUCUUUUGGCCCCGGAUAUGACGCGACAGGUGGCGUUACUGGUCAAGAUGAAGUAUGUGAUUGGUCAAUGUAGUGGUAAAUGCAAAAUGCAGAUAUGCAGUUAAAAACGAAACAACGUUAAGAUUGAAUGCGAGCUGAAUAAUUGGAGGUAUCUUUUUAAAUGACACAUUAAUAAAAUUAUAUUCCUGAUUAAAAUGCAGUCUUAUUAUCACCAAAAAUGAUUCAAACUGAUAUAAUUUUGUUAUCCGUGCUGAAACACAUUGGUUCGUUGAUUUAUUUCACCAGCAGUUUUACAUUAUAAAACCACCAGCAUUAAAGCUAUGCCGUUUAUUUCUUGUUAGUUAUACUGUUAAAUCUCUGGAUAUGUUACACCCUUUUUAAACAUAACUGUUGAAUAUCUGACAGUAUUACAUUUUUUUUUUAGAUAUAGCUGUAAAAUCUCUGAAUAUGUUACACUUGUUUAGAUAUAGCUGUAAAAUCUCUGAAUAUGUUACACUUGUUUAGAUAUAGCUGUUAAAUCUCUGAAUAUGUUAAAACUUUGUUUAGAUGAAGCUGUUAAUUCUCUGAAUAUAUUUAAUCCUUUGUAGUUAUACUGUUAAAUCUCUGGAUGUGUUUACACAUUUUUGAAACAUAACUGUUAAAUCUCUUACAGUAUUACUUUUAUUAGAUAUAGCUGUAAAUCUCUGAAUAUGUUACACUUGUUUAGAUAUAGCUGUAAAUCUCUGAAUAUGUUACACUUGUUUAGAUAUAGCUGUAAAUCUCUGAAUAUGUUACACUUGUUUAGAUAUAGCUGUAAAAUCUCUGAAUAUGUUACACUUACUAAUAUAUAACUGUUCAAUAUAAUGUUACUUUGUUAUUGUCUGUUUAUGAUAUAAUAAAAAAAAGCCUAAGAACUG